UGGUGGUUUAGGCUCGACUAUCACUGAAGAUUCGGUGUAUAAAUAUGCUCUUCGUGUUGCAUAUUUGGCUUUUCUAACUGAGGUAAAGACCUCAAAGGUUCCAAAGGCUGCACCAGUCUCUGCCUCUACAUCCGCACAACUUAAACCCCAUUCCGACACUGGUAGUUCAAAGCGCGCUAGUCUUUAUAGCGCCGAGAAAUUAGUAGUUAAUGCUUUUGAUAUGUUCAAAGAUGAGAAGAAAGCUCACAAAAUACCAAAAGAAUUGGUCAAAGUAUUGCGUGACCGUUUAGAACAAAUCACCACUGGCCGCGAUCGUGAUCCAACUUAUCAAGACCCCUAUUUUAUGAAAGAACUUAAAAUUUUCCACCAAGCCUUACAACAAUCUAGUUUUCGUCAACAGUUUAAAUCAAGUAACAGUAAAAUUGAAGAUAUCGUACUUAUAUUUCUCAGAACUUCUCAAGUUGAGCUCAAAAAAGCUCAACUACCUCCGAAUGUUACAUGGCAAUCUAAGCUUACGGAUCACGUUAGUCUAUUUGUCGGUAUAUUGAAAGACUGCCUUCAAACCAAGGAAUGUCAAUCACCUGCUACACCUGAUUUAUUGGCUAGAUUAGAAAUUUAUCAAACAAAAAUGUCUAGUACUCCCAAUA